AUGGAGGAAACCAUAUUGGUCGGUGAGGACCUGAUGUUGGGGCCACCAUCUCCUCUCAUCCCGAAAGAAAUUGCCUCCCAUGUGGUGGAAGGCUUUGAAUUAUGCGACGGAGUCUUAAAGAAUCUAUUUUUAUGCUUGCAAGUCAAUGGCAUCGAACCUUUCUGUCAAGAUGAGCUUUCUUUGUACAGAGAAUGUGCUGAAAAGCGGGAUAAGAUGCUAAGGCAACGCCUUCAAGAUAGUGAACACAAAUUGGGGUUAUCAAUGCCCUUGGACGAGGCAAAGAAACGAGUUACUCAACUUGAAGCAGAAGCCACAGCUUAUGAGAGGCGCCUGAUUCUUGCCAGUGGAGUUGAAGGCAUGGAAGGCUUUCGCCAAAGAUGGAGCUUCCAUGGUCGUAUGACUGACACCAAGAGACGCCUGGAGGCACUGAAACAAGGGAUGGAGAGCAGAAUGCCAGAGUUAGAAAGGGAUGAUUCAACUCCAGCACCCAAGAAAAAAAGUUGGGUUCUCAGAGAAAUGAAGGUUGUCGCAGCUUACCUUCUCGCCGUUUUGGGAGGCAACUCCUCCCCCACCGCCGAGGACUUGAAGAAGAUCCUUGGAUCCGUUGGCGCUGAUGCUGAUGAAGAUAGGAUUGAGUUGCUCUUGUCUCAAGUGAAAGGAAAGGACACCACCGAGCUGAUUGCAGCUGGUAUGGAGAAGUUGGCCUCAGUUCCUUCAGGUGGUGGUGGCGGCGUUGCAGUUGCUGCAUCAGCUGGCCCUGCCGCUGCUGGUGGUGCUGCCCCAGCUGCCGAGUCAAAGAAGGUGGAGAAGGUGGAAGAGAAGGAAGAGUCUGAUGAUGACAUGGGCUUCAGCUUGUUCGACUAAAUUGCUCUGCCUGCUGGCUAUUGUUGUCCCUUGAGGACUGUUGUACUUUGGUUUUUACUUAGUGUUUUAGUUGAACUUUUACAAGUUUUGUAAUCUGUACUUCGAGAUGUAUUGGAUGUUCCUGAGAGCAGUCUUAAUUUUGGAUUUAUUAAUGAAGAUGUCAUGAAAUUGCAGUGUUAGCUUUGAUACUUCAAUUCUCUUAUUGAUUGCUCCAGUAUCCUGUUUUAUUUCUAUUUAAUUGCUUUGUGGUUUGUGUUGUAGUUUAGGCAACAGUUCCAUAACCUACCAUUCAACCCAGUUUAUGGUGUAA